CUUCACCGUUCGUGGCCGGGGACUGGAUCGUCACUCGCCAUGGCUCGUGGUCACAGGCCUAGAGGCAGCGAACCGGGUUGUGCGGCUGGUGGGGGAGGGGGAGCCAGCAACCAUAAUCCCGGUGGAGCGGGAUGAGCAGCACAUCGAGCAGCUAAGGCAGCUGAACCAGUCAGCAAAGCAGGCCAUCAACCUGCUGCCGUUUGCCGGUACACUGCUGCAGUAA